AUGGACGUCCCCGCUUCCCCACGUCGCCUCCCUCCUCGAAACCCCACGCACCAAUCACAAUCCUCCUCCUCACCACCGAAACAUAUCAACGAGAUUUUCCCCUUAGCGCCCCCGCCGCCGCUUCACACACGCUCCAACAAUGAAUCAUGGGACCCACAGCCAUCUUCUGAGGAGUUUAUUACUCCUUCACCCUCCCACACACCACUGGCAGAGGUGUUUGACAGAUCCCUCCAGCUCACACCUAGUUCUUCGCCUACAAAACCGCAAGCAACGCCCUCCAAGAGGAUGCUUCAGGCAAUUGACGAGGAUGGAGACGGGGGUGGUGCAGGUGUCGCGAGAGUGGACGAGAGGCCGAGUAGGAAGCAUAAUAAAGAAAAUGCGCCACCUUUCUCCAAGGCAACAGAAGUUUCGCAACGGGGAAAUGCAGGCCCGGGAUUACAGAGAUCGCAUGCUCAGAGUAGACGAGCUUACGAUCCGUUCAGAGAUAUGACCAUCGACGAGAUCGAAAAGUUAUCCAAGCCGCAGGUUAAGAGGUUGAAGGACGUUGCUCAUCUGUGUCAGUAUCUCCCUGAUCGCGUUUCGCAUGGUUUGGAAAUUAAUCGCACCCGAUGAAAUUAGAUUUCUAUGACUAUUACUACAACCUAGUUACCUAUGUUCACACGCGACGAAAGCGCACAGAGGACUGGAAAGCCCAGCAUGAGCACCUCGGUGCUGAAGAAAUCAAGCCAGCAUGGUCGAGGUUUGCCGGACGGGAACGUGUUGCUCUCCGGAAACGCCGUACAAGACUCCGCAAGGGCGAUUUUCAGGUUUUAACACAGGUUGGGCAGGGUGGUUAUGGUCAGGUUUUUCUUGCAGAACACAAGGAGACCAAAGAAGUAUGCGCUUUGAAAGUCAUGAGCAAGAAACUGCUCUUUAAGUUGGACGAAAUCAGGCACGUCUUGACCGAGCGGGAUAUCUUGACAGCUGCCAAGAGUGAUUGGCUGGUGAAGUUGCUUUACGCAUUCCAGGAUGACGAUAGCAUCUAUCUUGCCAUGGUAUGUGUGAAGCUCUAGUUCAAGGACUUUGUUCAAUAUUGACCAAAAAAUCACAGGAAUACGUUCCUGGUGGUGAUUUUCGUACCUUGUUAAACAACACCGGUGUCUUGCACUUUAACCAUGCCCGCUUCUACGUCGCCGAGAUGUUCGCCUCAGUCAAUGCUCUUCACGACUUGGGUUAUAUUCAUCGUGACCUGAAGCCCGAGAAUUUUCUCAUCGACUCCUCGGGACAUAUUAAACUGACAGAUUUUGGACUAAGUGCUGGAAAACUAAGUCCGGACAGAAUGGAGAGCAUGAAAAUGCGGCUCGAUCAAGUUAAAGACAUGGACAUCCCGGAGAGGUCAACGAUGGAGAGAAGGAAGGCCUAUAAGACUUUGAGGGAAACUGACGUUAGCUAUGUGAGUUUUCGAUUCUCUUGCGUCAGCUAUAUUUUUUUUCUUCCCUUUUUCGAAUUAAACCAACAUUGGAAACAUUAGGCAAAAUCAGUAGUUGGGAGCCCCGAUUAUAUGGCCCCAGAGGUCUUGAGAGGCACAGAAGAGUAUGACUUUACUGUCGAUUAUUGGUCGCUUGGUUGCAUGCUUUACGAGGCACUGGCUGGAUAUCCGCCAUUUGCUGGGGCGACGGUUCAAGAAACCUGGCACAACCUGAAGCACUGGAAAAAGGUGUUGCACAAACCCGAGUACGAGAAUCCAAACUAUUACCUUUCCAAGCGCACCUGGGAUCUCAUAAUUCAGUAAGUAUCUUAACUCAAUAUUCUAUCUGCGGCACUAAUGAGGAUUGGGUGUAAUAGUCUUGUCGCAGCUCGGGACCAGAGGUUCCAAGACUUCAAAUCUGUCCAGUCACAUGCCUACUUCUCAGAAGUGAACUGGAGCGAUCUCCGUGCAAAGGAACCGCCUUUUGUGCCUGAGCUUGAUAGCGAUCGGGAUGCUGGAUACUUUGAUGAUUUCAGCAAUGAAGCCGACAUGGCCAAAUACAAAGAGGUCCACGACAAACAAACUGCGCUGGAGAAUAUGGAGGAGAGGAAAGACUCCAUGAGUAAAAUCGCAUUUGUCGGCUUCACAUUCAAGUAUGAUCCCUUCCUUCAGCAGCUGGAGAUGGUAUAUCGGACUAACAGUUGCCGACAGACACAAGAAGCCAAACCUUGAUGGCCUUGGAGCGUAUAAUAAUAAAGGGGAUGGACAGUUUGGAACGAUUUUCUAAACUACGAGUGUUGGCGCUCUGUUUAUAUUCUUUUUAAUACUUGCCUAAUGGUUAUGAUGGGUUUAAUGGAGCAUUGGAGGCGGAUUUGAUUUACUCACGGGGUUUACGGCAAGGAUGGGUGAUAGAUGCUUUUUGAGUACCGCAGUGCGAUAUCCUAGGUCUUGCGAGGCAUACCCAAGUUUACAAAAAAACGAUUCAUUCCAUG